AUUAGUUGUGACCCUGGGCAAAUAAUCCUAAAAUGUGCGUGUGUAUAAUAAAAAGAAAUUUUAUUCUGCGACUUCAUUGCAAAGGAGGUCCAUGUUUUAAAAAAAAAAAAGUUACUAACACUGGCCCUAUGUUCUCCAAAGCAACUCUUAUCAAUAGAGCACAAAGUCUAGAUGUAAUCACGAUGACAAAGUUCUGCACAUGGACUCGGGACAGAAGGUGCUUAUGUCCCCCAAGGCGCAGCCUAAUCGUCUCCUAGUCCCCAGAGGAUACAGGAAUGUUGCUCCUUGCAGGGCUGUCGGGGCUUGGCCACAAACCACUGCUGCUUCCGUGCCAUCCAGGCAGGCAGUGCUGCGACUAACGCCUCGUGUGUGGUCUCAAUGCCCCAAACGCAAGCACCUCGGCCCUCAGGGUUACAUUCUGGCUAGUUAAUCCCGGGGAAACCAGGGGGGUGACUUAGAUGGCCUAACAGGUAAAAAUCAGUGAUUAAAUGUAAUAAACGUGGGGAUGUAAUGGAGCUUGGGAAAGGUCCCGUGGGAUCAAACUCAGACCCACUGGGCCACAGGGGAGAAAACUACGGGAUUUUAAGGGGCUCCCGGGGGUCUGGGAGGAACCAGUUCAGCCUCUUGAGGGUCAGCCCGCGUGGGGGAGCAGCCUUCUCCCUCGAGGCCUUCCAAGCCUGGACCAAGGAGCCUUCACCCCCACCUCCCCCAUCUCCUUUUCUUUUUUCUCCUCGGACAAAUAAUUAAAGCACCAAAUCCAACCGAGGGUCCGCAUCGCCCACCAGUCCCGGGGAAAUGAGCCGAAGGGCAGCACGGCCAGUCCAGGUACGGCCAUUACUACAGGGGAGAGAAAAGGCGGCAGCCAACAGGGACGUCGCUGAUGUCACGCCACCGUGGGCGUGGCACGCCUGGGGGCGGGGAGCGCGCGCCGGUUCCUGGCCGCUCUGUCUUUGGCGUAGACGCCGUCCGUUCUGCCACAGCCUUCGAGCUCCUCGUUCUAUUGCUUGCUAGUCAUGGCGACCGAAAAGAGGCCCUACCACUUUGUGGUCUUCGGAGCCUCCGGCUUUACAGGCCAGUUUGUGGUUCAGGAGGUGGCCAGGCAGCAGAUGAACCCGGAGCUACGAGGCUCCGCGCUGCCCUGGGCUGUGGCCGGCCGGAGUCGGGAGAAGCUGCGGCAGGUGUUGGAGGAAGCUGCUGAGAAAUUGGAAAGACCAACACUCCCAGAUGAAGUUGGUAUAAUAAUCUGUGAUAUCAUUAAUCCAGCCUCUCUUGACGAAAUGGCUAAACAAGCAUCUGUUGUUCUCAAUUGUGUAGGACCAUAUCGAUUUUAUGGUGAACCUGUGGUCAAAGCAUGUAUUGAAAAUGGGGCUAGUUGUAUUGACAUCUCUGGGGAACCACAGUAUCUGGAAGAAAUGUAUUGGAAAUAUCAUGAAAAAGCUGCAGAAAAGGGGGUAUAUAUCAUUGGAAGCAGUGGUUUUGAUUCCAUUCCAGCUGAUCUGGGAGUAUUAUAUACCAGAAAUAAAUUAAAAGGUACUCUGACUGCUGUUGAAAGUUUCCUGACAAUAAAUUCAGGACCUGAGGGAAUGUGUAUUCAUGAUGGCACUUGGAAGUCAGCUAUUCAUGGUUUUGGUGACCAGAAGCGUUUAAGAAACCUACGAAAACAAUCAAAUAUGAAACCUGUUCCAGUUGUUGGUGCUAAAUUGAAAAGAAAAUGGCCUAUUUCUUACUGUAGUGAACUAUGUGAAUAUUCUAUUCCAUUCUUGGGAGCUGAUGCCUCUGUUGUGAAACGGACACAGCGGUUCUUGUAUGAAAACUUGCAGGAAACACCAGUGCAGUAUGCUGCUUAUGUGACUGUUGGAGGCCUCACUAAUGUUAUUAAGCUGAUGUUUGCAGGACUUUUCUUUUUACUCUUUGUGAAGUUUAGCAUUGGAAGACAACUUCUAGUAAAAUUUCCCUGGUUGUUCUCCUUUGGGUAUUUCUCAAAACAAGGACCAACACAGAAACAGAUGGAUGAUGCUUCAUUUACAUUUACAUUCUUUGGUCAAGGAUAUAGCCAGGACCAUACUACAAAAGAUGGGAAACCUAAUAUUAAAAUAUGCACCCAAGUGAAAGGACCAGAGGCUGGUUAUGUGGCUACACCCAUAGCAAUGGUACAAGCAGCUGUUACUCUUCUAAAAGAUACCUCUGAGCUUCCUAAGGGAGGUGGUGUCUUUACACCAGGAGCUGCUUUCUCCAAAACCAAGCUGAUUGAAAGACUCAACCAAUGUGGCAUUGAAUUUAGUGUCAUUAGCAGCUCUGAAGUUUAAAAAAGAGAAAUAUUCAUAAAACUGCAUGAAUUAACAGCUUCUUCAUUUGAUACUUGAAAUUCUUAAGAUGAUUCCAAGUGACCAGGUCAAAAAACCUUUCAUAAAAAGCAGUCUGUGCUAGGUACACAUGCACUAAGCUAUUUUUCUUAACUGAUAUCACUGCUUGUCAGAGGGGAUCUAAAAAGUACUUCAGAUAUAUUUUUCCUUAGAUAGAUUGUGAGGUGGCUGGUCAGGUGAGAGGAAUGGGGCAACUUACUGGAGAGUUUCCCUGAUGCUUUUGUGUGCCUUUUCUAUUUGAACGUGAUUGUAGCUAUCCUUUAACCAGCUUUGGUUAUUUAAUGAAGAAUAAGUAUGGAUGCUGUCUAGAAAACUGCUUGUGUACUAACCUGCUUUGUAUAUUUCCACAGGAGUAUGAAUGUGUUUUUUAAGCCUCAGCUUACCUGCUAAUAAUCCUUAAUGAUUCAUUCUUUUGGCUAUAUUUGUAAAGACUAUACUGAUAUGAUGAUAAAGAUUUUUCUUUGAUUUUCAAUGCCCCAAGUAAGUUUUUUCCUCAUUCACAUUUUUUGGUUGUGAGGCAAUUGGGGUUAAGUGAUUUGUCAGGAUCGUGCAGUUAAGCGUCUGAGGCCAUACUUGAACUUAAGUCCUCCUGACUCAUCCACUGCACCUUUCAGCUGCCCCUUUCAUUCACUUUUUGGGCCAAAAUUGGGUUUUCCAUUGAACUAUUUUGUCACUCACAAAAGUUGUGCAUGCGUUUUUCUAACACCAAAUGUGUGCCAUAUAUAUCCUUAGAGUCUGUUUUUAAAAUGAGAAUUUUCCUUUGGAUCUGUGAUGUCUGACAAAUAAAGCUCGUCUCUGGCAUGCAGUUUAUUCAGUUGUAGGAUGUGAGGGAUGGACCAGCUUUUUCAAAGUCCAUUUGGUUUUGUGCUUCUCUCUUAGAAUUCAAACACUUAUCAUGCUGUCUCAUUCAGAAUUAAAACCUGAGUAUAUAUAAAAUAGUAUAGCCUUUUAAAAUGUCUUCAGAGUGGUCAUAGGAAUCACUUUUGCUUUUAUGAAUUUCUUAGCUAAUUACUAUAUACACAAAGUAAAUAAAACUAUUGGUUUAAAUAACAGCAUAUAAUUAAAAAUUAGGGGGUUUUAAGCCAUUUACAGUUUGAAAAUGAAAUCUGUAGAUACAAACUACAGAGAAUUUUUCGAUCACUCACUAAUCCAUUCAGCCUCUUUUAUAAAACAAGUAUUUAGUAAACCAACAUUUAUAUUAAGAAGCUAAUCAAAGUAAAUUUUAAAUAUUUUAUGGGAAGCUGGAACCUUGAUAUUUGGUGUGCACUGAACUCUCUCUCUUCUUCUUAACUAUAAGAGCAACAUCAUUUUUCAGUUUCCACAGACUGGCUUCAAGUAGCUCACCAAUGUCCUUUAAGAGAUGUGACUGUCUUUGUGUAAAAGGACGUAACAUUUGAUCAUCCUCCUGAAAAAUAAAUGGGCCAAAAUGAGUAAGAA